AUGGGUUCUGGUUCUCCUCCAGGCUCGAAGCCAUCGGCAAUUCCGUCCCACAUGCUGAAUGGCAAUUCUCCCCUCCAGUCGUCCACUGCCGCAGGUUCAGGCUCUGGCAAUCGAGCUCGCGAUGCUCGUGAGCGUGAGAGUCUCAAUUCGUCUAUUCAGUCCUCCUUUGCCCCUCGCGUCCCCAUUGAGUUCGAUUCCCUUGAGGCGGGGUCUGGCCCCGCGGGCGAGUCCACUGCCCACGAAACCGCAUCAGCAGCAGCUACCGCCCACAGCACCUUGACUCUUCGUGGCCGGCCAACUUUGAAUGACCCUCCCCGCGACCCCAGGGACGAAGGCGGUCCCUUGACCCCACCGGCGACCGUCAGCCGCCCCGCGAGUCCCUAUACCAUGAACCCACCAAUCGACUUUGACGGUCUUAGCUGGCCUUGCCCCGGAACACGUGAGCGGUUGGAGUCGACACCGAAGGAGAACGAAGAGCGGAUUCAAAAACUUGCGGGAGCAGUGCGGACAAUUCUCGAGUGUGUUGGUGAGGACCCUGAACGAGAGGGGCUUCGUGGGACUCCCGAGCGAUAUGCCAAAGCCAUGCUCUUCUUCACCAAGGGCUACGAGGAGAAUGUUCGGGAUCUGGUCAAUGGCGCGGUUUUCCACGAGGAUCACGAUGAGCUGGUCAUUGUGAAGGACAUUGAUGUGUUCUCUCUGUGUGAACACCACAUGGUUCCAUUUACCGGAAAGAUGCAUAUCGGCUACAUCCCGGAUCGCCGCGUGCUCGGUCUUUCCAAAUUGGCUCGCCUGGCUGAGAUGUUCUCCCGUCGACUUCAGGUCCAGGAGCGCCUGACCAAGCAGGUUGCUCUUGCCAUCUCCGAAGUCCUCAAGCCUCGCGGUGUUGCAGUCGUCAUGGAGUCUUCCCACCUGUGCAUGGUCAUGCGUGGCGUGCAGAAGGUCGGCAGCACUACGACCACCAGCUGCAUGCUGGGAUGCAUGCGGUCAAGUGCCAAGACCAGAGAAGAGUUCCUGACGCUCCUGCAUCGCAAAUAA